GUGUGUGUGUGUGCACGUGUGUGCACGCGCAGUGUAGGCCUACAGUGUAAGUGUGUCUUAGCCGAUAAUUGCACAGAUAUUCCACUUGGUUGGAUAUGCCAUCUAUCACAUACAUUCCUUCCCAAAUAUUGCCUUCUGUUGAGAAUGUGUAUGUAAAACAGUGGUAUUCAAACUUUCUCCCCAUCCCCACCCAAAAUCUAAUGACACAGCCUUAAAAUGUGUCAAUUUCAACAUCAACAAAUAACAUUCAAUUAUUACAUUUUCUAAAUAAAAAUAAACCAAUAAAUACAUUUACUCAAUAACGUUAGAUUUUUUUUAAUGAUAUUUCUCAAAAACGCUUGUGUGUUGUCCCAAACAAUAGUCUGUACUCUUAUUUUGUGUUUUUUUUAUUUUUUAUUUUAGUUACUUGAAGACCUUAAUGCGGUUCCCCCACCCCGACUUUGAAUACCACUGAUGUAAAAUAAUAAGUCCCCUAAAAUGCCAUUCACAUGUUUUUGUAUGUCAGUUUCAUUCAUUGUAAUGUAAGUGCGAAUUCAUGAAAGAAGAAUUAAGAGCUCAAUGAUCAAGUCUUGACACGGUUUUGGUGUAUAAUGUGUUUUUUUAGGCUAGUGUUUCUAAAAGUUAUUCUGUGGGAAAUUCCUUGAUACCGCGAGACCAUUAUGUCAUAUUAAAGUACUCUGCUCUCUAAAAAAACGAAAUGCUUAAUCUGAAACAAUGUCCUCUAGGUAAAGCCAAUCCGUUCGUAUAGAAAUCUGUGGUUGGUUGCUCUACACGCCGACGUCAUUUCCAGUAGCGCGCUGUUAUGCGGCGUUGACAACAACUGGGAACGGGGGAAAAUACUAGGUCAAAUCACGACGUCAGUGAUCUUCAGGUGGGAAAGACGGAUCUCUCGAAAGAGGCCGGAGUUCCCGAGUUGGAUGACCGUUCAAAACGAUUUUUCCCAGUCGGAGCUAGUUUUUUUUUCGAUUUCCCAUUUCGUUUGAACGCUCAGAAGUCGGAGAUGUCCGAGUUCCCAUUUGUUUUGAACGCGGCAAAAAAAACUUUGGCAUUACUACAAGCUGGCAGCAGUUGCGGAAAGCAUCUUCAAUUGUGGCGGAGGACUGACUCGUCUUGUUUUUAACUUUCUGUUGCCAACCAGGCAGAAAAUGUGAACAUCUAAUAUCGCUAGAAGAGGAUGGACGUGAAAGCUGCUGCACAGUGGAGUCAAGGUGGAGGAUGGAAGAGUCAUGACCACUGAGUGUUGUGGCAAUGGUGUCAUGACUCCAGUGAUAUGGCUGGUUGCCUGGUUACUACAGGCACAUUCAGCUAUGUGUGAUCUGCCUGCUCCAGUGAAUGUGACACUCUCCUCCAGCCAUUUUGUCCACCUUCUGAAAUGGGAUCCAGGCCCGGAGUCCCCCGGGGGUGUGUACUACCUGGUCAAGGUUUGCUCUGACGGAAUGGUUGGAGAGCCUUGGGAGGUGGUGGCUGGUUGUGAGCAUGUGGAGUUCCCUCUGGAGUGUAACCUAACUAAAGCAUUCUCUAGCCGCAAUCACAUCUACUACAACCAGGUGUUCACUGUGUUGGGGAACCAAGUCUCACUCCCGGCCUACCAAAACGGCUUUAAACCCAUCACCGACACCCACCUGGAUCCACCCGUGGUGAGUGUGAGGGCCUGUGACAGCACUCUGUGUGUGGGCCUGAGGCCUCCUGUGGACGGCCUGCGGGAUCUCUACGACAGAUUCCACUACAAAUUCAACAUCAGUAGCAGCACCAGGCUUGGAGCUACGUUCUCUGUGCAGACGGAGUCUCUGAAAGGAGUGAUUCUAAAGGACCUGGCUCCAGGCAGAGAGUACUGUGUCUCCGUCAGCAUCUUAGACAACCAGGAGAUUCGCACAAAGAGCUCUUCCUACAGCCAACCACACUGUGCUUUCACUGCUGCCAAGGAGACCGCAGACACAGAGAUCUCAGUGGUUUUGUGUUUGCUUGUGUUGUUUGGGCUGUGUGCUGCCCUACUGGUCCACACUGGAUUCAUCUGUCUGAGACAACCCCUUCCAGAAGUACUGAGCUCAAUACAACACAAGGAGGAGAACUUACAUCCAGUGCCAUAUGAUGAGGAACGAUGUCUCUCAGGGCAUGUAGUGCCACCAUCGCCCCCUUCAGGAAGCACUGGGAAGGACGGAGCGAGUGAUGAAGAAGGUGAGGGCGAGACGGAGGGGGAGAGAAGCAGUGGGGGAGGACAAGGAUACAAGACACGAGGGAUCACUGCCGAUCUGACCUCUCGUAACCCCCUCUCCUCCUCCUCCUCCUCCUCUUCCUCUAGAACAGAGGUGUUCCUACACCCCUAUCCAAAAGCACACUUCUCGGCAUAUCCCACUGCCACAUCCACAGACACUCAGACCACUGCUGAGACAGAGUCCAACCGUCCUCACGUUCCUGUCUUCAUAACCAGCGACCAACAGCCUACAUCUCUGCACAGGCCUGACCGCCUCUCAAUGUCCCUAUCAAACAACCAUCCACUGUCUAAACCCUCACAAACCAGUCAGCUUCCAGAGUCAGCUUGGUGUGCCUCACGGGGACAGGUCUUGAGCUUCAGUCUCUCCUCAGAGAGAGACACAGGGAAUGUAGAGGGAUUACAUCCAGGGGAGGAGGAGGAGGAGGAGGGGAGCUGCCUGGAUGUUAACCUGCUGUCUGUAACCCUAAGUAGGCAUGAGGAGAUGAUGGAACCAGAACAUCUCUCUGUGGGGGAGCCCCCCGAGCCCACCACUCCCUUCCUGCCCUCUGACACCAAGUGUUGGGCCCCAGAGCCUGUCACAACACAGACACACACUGCUACCUCUGAGGUUGAGGAAGAGGAGGAAGAGGAAGAGGAGGAGGAUUCUGGUUACAUGAGGCGAUGAGAGAAGUCAUUUGUUACACAAUUAACCAACUAUCCAACUAUCCGUUCCAUUUUUGAGAGUUUUUUAAAUGUAUUAAUGAAAGCCAUAUGGUGCUGACUAGUGGGCAUUCACUGUACUCUUCUGGCCUAAAUAUCACAUAGUCUUCCCAAGGUAGACUGAAGUGGCUUCCUCUCCUUGUCCCUAUUCCUUUAUCUGCACUAAAGUAAAAAAAAAUAACUGUUUAUCUCUCCACCAUAUUCCUUUUCCUGUAUUUUCAAACCAGUUCAAAUUUAAAAGAGCCAAUGGAUUUGCUGGCUACCCAAACUCCUUGUUCCGGCCAUACGCUAUGCCACACCCCCGGACGUUAGUUUCUUCUCCGCAACGAGUCUGGAUCUGAGUACCUCCCCGACGAUUUCUAGAAUGCAAAACACAUUCUAACCUUUCUGAUUGGUCCCAGAAACCGAUGGGUUGGGCCAGUCAGAACACACGUGGGUAAAGCGGUAUUUAGAAAAAUGUGUAAUUGGCUUGAUGCUCUGAUUGGUUAGAGAUUAUCCAAUCGCUGAUGACUUUGUUUUGUACAACACCCCCCAUUUUGAUGUCACCACAAAUGACUUCAGUCUCAGACUGAAGUAUGUAGCGAACGAUAGAACAGCGGAAGAAUUCAGUUUCAGUCGUCAGGCAACCAAUAGUACUGAUAUGGACUAUACUAAAUGAUUACAUAAAGUAUUCAGACAAAUAUAAUUAUGUUUUUUACAUCAUGAAAUUGUUAAAGUAGAUAUGACCUCUAUCUAGUUCUCAAGAGGUUGUGCUAAGUUGCUAACUUGAAUGCGAGGGCCAUUAUCAAAAGUUACAUUAGGUUUACAAGUACUUUGGGGUUAUAUAUUAUCGAUGUUCACAGACAGCAAUAGAACUGCUGGCUAAUAUUAAUGAGCAAAUGUCGAUGGGCGUCAUUGAUCAAGCUAUACAAUACAGUAUUCUGUACUUAUUCACAAGUUUAAAGGUCAACAUACUUUUUAGUGUUUAUGCGAUCGUCGUAGUAACCUUCUUUACUUGCUUUUUGCUAUACUGUAGAAAACAUUUAAUCAAACUUACAUAUUCAGGAAAAAGUAGUCAUUUUGAAGAGUGUUUUAUACAUGUUUGGUAAUCAAUGCAAAAAUAGAUUCUGUUUAUUGGUAAAAUAAAUGUAAUAUUUGUUAACGCCAAGGGUACAAUGAAUAAUACAAACAUUUUGUAAUGAAUCUUGUAAUUUUUUUAAUGUAAUAAAAUAUUUUUCUAUACAAUCUUAAAAUGUGUUGUAUCGUUUGUUAUGAACACAGUUCAGAAACUAUUCAGUACAACAUUAGAAGCUUCAUGUUCAUGACAGAUAUGUAUACUGUAUCCUUCAGACCACAGAAACACAACUAAUACAGCAUACACUUCAAACAUUCACAAAUAUUAUAUCAAAAUGGACAUCAAAGAAAUACACUGAGUGAACAAAACAUUAAGAACACCGUCCUAAUAUUGACUUGC